AUGGCGGAAUACCAUGAUACUGGUGGUGUAAUUCUGGAUGGGCCGUUUGACCCGGAUGCUCAGGCCACCGUGACUGACUUUAUCGAUUACACCGAAUACCUCCCUGCUGAUUUGAUUCGCUCUCUUACUCUCAUACGUGGCCUGGAUAAACGCUAUCUAGACAGCGCGCAAGGGGUUCAUGAGCUUACCAGGACUUACGGCCAGCUUCCCGAUCUCCCUCCUGAGUCGCGACCUGACCCCUGCCUGCUGCGCAGAGAUAUCUCUGCUCAGCUCGACAGCGCGAUCAAUGCGCGCGAAUCUGCCUACGCGGAAGCUUGUCGUUUAUACGAUGUCGUGGAUCGUCACUUCAAUCGUCUAGAUGCCAUCAAGCAGAAGCUAGAGGCUCUCCCUAAACCCGAAUCACGCGACGCUACUUCUCCCAUACAACCCCUGACCAAUGCGAAGCGCCCCCGAACGAGUAAAAAGGGGGAUGAGGCACCUGCAACUACAACUACACGUAUCACUUUACGGCUGGAUGGCAUGACAAGUGGAUCACAGAAAUCUAGGACUCGCCGAUCCUUGAUCGCGGCAGAGCAUCUGGCGGGGUUACACCCGGAUUCACCCAUCGCGAGUACCGAGCAUUCGGAUGCAGAAGGAGACUCCAAAGCAACGCCGUUAGAACCCGCCUCCGAGCCGACAGCAGCCGCGGGGAGGAAGGAGAAACAAAAUCGACGUUCAAGAGCUUCGGCAGGCGUGACGACUGCACAUACUGGUGGUACGAGCAUGUCAACGAGUAACGCCUUGGCGUUGCUUAAGCCUCCUCCGGACGAUGCGAAACCGGGAAGUGAAGACUUACCUUGGCUACGUCUGACAGAAUGGGAAAUGACUAAACUCCGCAAGAAGAUGAAGAAGAAUGCCGUCUGGCAGCCCAGUGAGGUGAUGAUCCAUCGCGAACUGGCUCUCCGGGGUCGAGGGUGGGAAGCCUACCGGACAGCAAAGGCACAGGCAGAGGCCAAUGGAUCCGAAUUUAUUGACUGUGAUGAUAUCAUGAACAACUAUAUCCCGGGAUUGUUAACUCGCCGGAGUGAGGCCACGGGGGAAUUUGAGGGCGUAGUCGAGACCAAACUUAGCAACCGUGGCAUGAAAUUGAACGAGGCCAAGAAACUCAAGCGCGAAAACCAGGCGAGGGAACAAGCAGCCCUAGCCGCCGCGGAGGCAGAAGCAGCCAAGCGCCUAGGUCAGCUCGGCUCCACCUCCCAAGGUCUAAUCUCCAACGGUGCUGAUCGUCCGCAGGACUCUUCGGCAAUGACGGCGGGCAAACCAAGCCGGGCAUUGAAGAAAAGAAAACUCGAAGCAAGCAGCCUAGCAACGGCCCCCGUCGUUCCGCCCGCGGACGUUGAGAUUCGAUCCUCAUUACGAAGUUCAACCAAGCGCCGAAAGACUGGCAAAGAAUCUCCUUCCCCUUCGGAUAAUGUGGCGACUAGGGCAACAUCAGCAACGGCGAUCUCCUCAACGACCACGACGACAACAACCAUAAUUGUGAGUACCGCGUCGCGAGCUACUCUUGACUUAUCCGAGGCACACAAGCGGCCCGUAGCUGCUUCUUCUAUUCCUCCCUCAACGGUUUCAGCGAUUAGAUCAAAGAGUGGGAAUACCCCCACUCCUCCAGGCACUCGCCCGUCCUCUCGCCGUCGUUCCGUCCCGGCAACUGAAACAACUCUCAUUGUCGGUUCUGGGAGGGAACUCCGUCGGAAGAGCGCUACCCCUGCCAGGAAAACCCCAGUUCCUGACUUUUCUCGUGCCGCUAGUGUGAGUGCGCCACCCCGACGCCGUAAACGUCCCGCUCCGGGGCCAGUCUCUUCUGGUCAGGAUGGCGGCGCGGCAGUUAGUUACGGACGUCGCAAAGCCAAACCUGGGAAAAAGCGUGUCGGGUCCAGGGAUCCAGCAUCGAAGGAUGGUGCCGUAGGACAAGACAUUCGGAUCGAUGAGGAUGGAGUGCUCGAGGAGAUUGACCCGAACGAGCCGCGAUACUGCCUCUGUGGUGAUGUCAGUUUUGGAACUAUGAUCUGUUGCGAGAAUCAAGAUUGUGACAGAGAAUGGUUCCAUCUGGAUUGCAUUGGACUUUCCGAGGUACCCAGCCGAACGGCAAAAUGGUACUGUCCUGACUGUCGCGUGAAGUUUAAUAAAGGCACGGACGGAAUAAUCAAGAGUAAUUCUUCACGUCGGUGA